AUGAAAGGAUACUUUUUAGCACCGAAAUCCUAUUUCUACAUCUCAAUAGAUAGCACCAAUGUUCUCAAGUACAAGGGACCAGCGAAAAACCAGGUCUAUCCAGAAUGGUUUGAGUUACAGUACGCGGACCCAUCUCGUACAGAACUGGUACCGGUGGAAGCCAACUUCCGGAUUGAUUGGCACACUCUUAACAUCAUCAAGAAGGACACAUUUGUCAGGCUUGGGAUUAAGCAUGGGGCCAAGAGGAUACCAGUAUAUCACAGAGAUGUCUGGGUGGAUACUGAUCCAAUUGAUAUCAUAGACUUGUCUAGCCUAGAUCACAUUGGAAAACAAAUAAUCAAAUCACUAAGGAAUGAUGUUCAACAACUACAGACUGAAAAUCAAAUUCUCAAUGAGAAAUUAUCUCAGAAGGAAAGAGAGAUAGCCGAGAGAUACAAAGAGAUGAAAUCACAGUUUGAUGCAAAGAAGAAUACAGAUUAA